AUGAGUAAUCCGUAUCAGAAUGCUAAUCAAUAUCAAAACAAUUCUUAUGAAUUGAAUGAUUAUAGUAAUAAACAAUACUCCUCAUCUAAUGAAGACGAUUUUGUUCAAUUCAUGAAUGAAAUUCAAGAUAUUAAUUCACAAUUAGAUAACUACUCCAACAUAAUCAAUCUUAUUGAUAAUAAACAAAGAAAUUUCUUGCAUGGUUUAGAUUUAAACGAUGAAGAUACUGAAUAUGAUUCAAAACAAAUUGAAAAUUUAGUUAACGAAGCUCAAUCUUUACAAUUGGAUUUGAAAAAUAGAAUUAAGAAUGUUCAAACCCAAGCUGUUCAUUCAAAGGAUCAAACCAAAGUGGAUCAAGCUGAAACUUGUAGAAAAAGAUUUUUGGAUUUGAUUCAAGAUUAUAGAUUAAUUGAAGCUAAAAAUAAAGAACAAACAAAAGAUCAAGCUGCUAGACAAUAUCAAAUAAUAAAACCUGAUGCUACUGAAGAAGAAAUUAAAGCUGUUGUAGAAGAUGGUUCUCAACAAUAUUUCCAACAAGCUUUAAUGCAAUCAAAUAGAAGAGGUGAAGCUAGAUCUGUAUUGAAUGAAGUUCAAGUUAGACAUCGUGAAUUAUUGAAAUUGGAAAAAACCAUGGCUGAAUUGACUCAAUUGUUCCAUGAUAUGGAAGAAUUAGUCAUUGAACAAGAUCAACCAAUUCAACAAAUUGAAGAACAAGUUGCUGCUGCUCAACAUGAUAUUGAACAAGGGGUUGGACAUACCAAUAAAGCAGUUAAAAGUGCAAAAUCUGCCAGAAAGAAGAAAUUAUGGUGUUUGGGUAUUUGUCUUCUUAUUGCUAUCAUCUUAGCUGCUGUUUUGGGUGGUUAUUUCGGUUCUCGUUAG